CAGUUAUACCGUCGAAAAUGGUGAUUUUCCAGCCAAAGUUAUAAUAACAACUCUCUCUCUCUCUCUCUCUCUCUCUCUCUCUCCAAACACCGGAUCCCCCCUUCUCAUUUCUCAAUUCUCUCCCGUUUCCCCCAGCCACGUCCAUCUCCAACCCUAACAAUCUCAAGAUUCUUUGAGGAUCUGGUGGUGCCGAGCGAAGAUGGCGGCUAUGGUGGAUCAACCUCUGUAUCCGAUCGCGGUUCUCAUCGACGAGCUGAAGAACGAGGACAUUCAGCUGAGGCUGAACUCGAUCCGGAGGCUCUCGACGAUCGCGCGCGCUCUCGGUGAGGAGAGGACCAGGAAGGAGCUGAUCCCUUUCCUCAGCGAGAACAAUGACGACGACGAUGAGGUCCUCCUCGCCAUGGCCGAGGAGCUUGGCGUCUUCGUACCCUACGUCGGAGGCGUGGAGUACGCCAACGUCCUGUUGCCACCGUUGGAAACCCUAUGCACCGUUGAGGAAACUUGUGUUAGGGACAAAUCUGUGGAGUCUCUGUGUAGGAUUGGUGCUCAGAUGAAGGAACAACACUUGGUUGAGCACUUCAUUCCUUUAGUUAAGAGGUUGGCUGCUGGUGAGUGGUUCACAGCACGAGUUUCCUCGUGUGGCUUGUUUCAUAUUGCUUACCCUAGUGCACCGGAGGCAAUGAAAACUGAACUGAGGACAAUAUAUGGUCAGCUGUGUCAAGAUGAUAUGCCAAUGGUUAGGAGAUCUGCUGCCACAAACCUUGGAAAGUUUGCUGCCACUGUUGAACCUGCUCACUUGAAAACAGAUAUCAUGUCUGUAUUUGAGGACCUCACACAUGAUGAUCAAGAUUCAGUUCGGCUACUUGCUGUUGAGGGCUGUGCAGCUCUUGGGAAAUUGUUGGAGCUUCAAGAUUGUGUUGCACAUAUUCUUCCUGUGAUAGUCAAUUUCUCUCAGGAUAAGUCAUGGCGUGUGCGUUACAUGGUUGCUAAUCAAUUAUAUGAGCUAUGUGAAGCUGUUGGUCCUGAACCCACCAGGUCAGAGUUGGUUCCUGCAUAUGUGCGCUUACUGCGUGAUAAUGAGGCUGAAGUACGUAUUGCUGCUGCUGGAAAAGUGACUAAAUUUUCCCGAAUAUUAAGUCCUGAACUUGCCAUUCAGCAUAUUCUACCUUGUGUGAAGGAGUUAUCGACAGAUUCAAGUCAACAUGUUCGCUCUGCCUUGGCUUCCGUUAUAAUGGGAAUGGCACCAGUGUUAGGGAAGGAUGCAACAAUUGAGCAACUUCUUCCUAUCUUCCUUUCUCUUUUGAAAGAUGAGUUUCCUGAUGUUAGGUUAAACAUUAUUAGCAAGCUUGAUCAAGUGAACCAGGUUAUCGGUAUUGACCUGUUAUCUCAAUCCCUGUUGCCAGCUAUCGUUGAACUCGCUGAGGAUCGGCACUGGAGAGUUCGACUUGCAAUCAUAGAAUAUAUACCCUUACUAGCAAGUCAGCUGGGUGUAGGCUUUUUUGAUGAUAAGCUUGGAGCUCUUUGCAUGCAGUGGCUAAAGGACAAGGUAUAUUCAAUUCGUGAUGCAGCUGCUAAUAAUGUAAAACGCUUAGCAGAAGAAUUUGGACCAGAGUGGGCAAUGCAGCAUAUCAUUCCCCAGGUUUUGGACAUGAUUAAUGAUCCGCAUUAUCUGUAUCGGAUGACUAUUCUGCAUGCUAUUUCACUCCUAGCUCCUGUUCUAGGCACAGAAAUCACUACUUCAAAACUUCUUCCCCUGGUCAUUAAUGCAUCUAAAGAUAGGGUACCCAAUAUCAAAUUCAAUGUAGCUAAAGUGUUGCAAUCUCUCAUUCCAAUUGUUGAUGAGUCGGUUGCUGAGAGCACCAUCCGUCCCUGUUUGGUUGAGCUCAGUGAGGAUCCAGAUGUUGAUGUGAGGUUUUUCGCCUCUCAAGCAUUGCAAUCUAAUGAUCAAGUCCAGAUGUCCAGCUAGAUCAAUCAGCAUUUUAUAUUUAGAUUUUGUUUUUUUACCCUUCUCCUAUAAUUUUUUACAAUUUCUUACUAGAUUGGCAUGGCCAGCUUCUUGAUUCCUUUGUAUCACAUCUCUGUUGUUGAGAUCGUAUUUUUAAUUUGUUGUAUCUGAUAUCUAUACUACCAGGUUCUUUGUAGUAAUGGAACAUUGUCCGGAAGUAAGAUGGUUGAAUUUUGACGUACAAUCACUAAUUUUAUCAUGCCACACUAGGUGAUCAUUUUGUAUGAACUUUCAUGAUUUCCAAUACUAUGAAUAUAUUUAAAUUCUGCAUAAAA